CUUAGGUGGACACAACCAAUGUGUGACAUGCUAUUUAAAAUGUUGGUUGUUGAGGCUGAACAAGGCAACAAGCCCUCAAACAAAUAUAAGCCUCAAUCCCUUGACAAAGUGGCAAAAGAAAUUGGUGUGAAGUUUAAUGUAGAGUGUCAUGCAUCACAUGUGCAUAACCGCCUUCGUACGGUUAGAAAAGAGUGGAAACUCGUUCAGGAUAUUCGAAAAAAAAGUGGAUUUGGUUGGGAUGAUAAUUUGAAAAUGAUCACAUGUGACAAGCAAACUUAUGAUGCUGAAGUGCUAGCUCAUCCCGCUCAUGCGCCUUAUUUAAAUAAAAAAAUUGAACAGUAUGAUGAGAUGGCUAUUGUUGUUGGUAAGGACAUGGCAACCGGUGGCUUUUCAAAGCAAUGGAGUGAACAUUCUCCAUUGGUUGAAAAUGAGACCCCACAAAAUGACAUCCAAAAUCCAAAAUUUGAAGGUGACACUGAUACGUUGCCAAAAGAUGCCCAUGAAGCUUCCAAUGGAACUUCAUCUAAGGGAAGGAGCCAUAGAAAGAGAACUUAUGCAGCUAUGAAUGAAGAUAGUCCUUUUAGUGAGAUGACUGAACAACUCAAAUAGAUUGCAGUAGCUGUUACAGCUCUGAGUCAUGGCCCAGUUAAUACAAAUGAGCUUCAUAAAGUAGUGAUGAAUGUUGAAGGCUUUGAAGAAGACAUGCUUGAUGAAGCUUUUGAUCAUUUGGUUAAUGAUGAAAAGGCAGGAAGGGCCUUUAUGGCUAAAAAUGAUAGGAUGAGAAAGCUUUGGUUGGAGAAAUUUUUCAACAAAACCUUCUAACUUGAAGUUGCUGGAUAUG